AUGCUCGUCUAUUCAUUCAUAUCUAUCUAUCUAUCUAUCUAUGUCUUUUACUAUUCUUUAUCUAUCUAUCUAUCUUUAUCUAUCUAUCUAUCUAUCUAUCUAUCUAUCUAUCUAUCUAUGUCUUUUACUAUUCUUUAUCUAUCUAUGUAUCUAUCUAUAUCUAUCUAUCUAUCUAUCUAUCUAUCUAUCUAUCUAUCUGCUUCUAUUUCUGUUCAUAUCUAUCUAUCUAUCUAUCUAUCUAUCUACGGAGAUUUUUCUUUUCUAUGUGGAUCUGAACCUUCGUUCCAAUUUGAAAACCUAUCAUUGAAAGGAAGCCCUUCAUUCUCUCUCUCUCUCUCUCUCUCACACUCAACCUCUCUCUGUCUCUUUCUACCAUGUUCCUUUAGCCUGCUUCUCACAGACAUCACUUUUCCAGUCACCUUUCUUUCAUUCAGGGAUAAACCGCUCGCUUCUCGGUCAUACUUUCACGCGCCUCCAUUACUCGUUGUAGCUAUGCGGAACUGA